GCGGCGGCGUCUGGCUGGAGGCGUCUCGUCGGCAGCUUCCGCAGGUGCUUCCGCGCUCGGGCGCGUCGGCGGCGGGGCCUGCCGGGCGGGGCCCGCCCCAGGGAUUGGAUACUGGAAAUCUCUUGGACUACAAAUUCCUGUGCUAGCCAGAGGAUGAGUAACCAGUGGGCAUGAGCAGUUGACGACGUUUGACUUCCCUGCAAACUUUGGUGUGGGUCACUUCCUUCUCUUAGGUUGGAGCCAGAAAGCACAAUGAGUACGCUCUUGGUCCAGUGUGAGCAUAGUGGUAAUAAUCCUUCGUGAGAGUUUUCUUACAUUCAGUGACCAAAGUUGAGAAAGCGUCGUGGCGGGACAGUAAAUUCUAGACAAGCCCAGAAGCGAACUCGGGAAGCAGCCUCCACCCCUGAGAUGGCCUUGGAAGCAGAACCCAUAGAACUCGUGGAAAGCACUGGUGACGAAAUAGUGGACCUCACCUGUGAAUCUUUAGAGCCUGUGGUUGUCGACUUGACUCACAAUGACUCUGUCGUGCGUCCAAAAUCCACUGCUAAUGUUGCCAGUAAGAGGCCACGUCGAGUGAUCGACCUUGAAACGAAAUUAAAAGUGAUUAAGGACUACGAAAGUGGAAAAUCAGUGAUGGUUAUUGCUCGCCAGUCAGGCAUGUCCCAUUCCACCGUAGCUACGAUCUUGAAGAACAAGAACAAAGUGAUGGAAGCUAUUAAAGGAUCUGCUUCACUGAAGGCAACAAGACUAACAAAAAUUCGAGAAGGACCUAUAUCAGACAUGGAGAAACUUCUGAUGGCCUGGAUUGAAGACCAGAUACAGAAGCGUAUCCCUCUAAGCACCAUGAUGAUUACGGCCAAAGCAAAAAGUUUGUUUGCAAUGUUGAAGGAAAAGGCUGGACCCAACUACGACGUUGAAUUUACUGCUAGCUCUGGGUGGUUUAAACGAUUCAAAAAUCGUUAUUCAUUACAUAAUAUGAAAAUGAGUGGUGAGUCUGCGAGUGCUGAUGUAAAGGCAGGUGAAGAAUUUUUGGAGACUCUAGAGGUGGUCCCUAAGGAAUUGACUAAAGAGGAGUUGUUGGAACUGGAACAGAAAUACAUAGCUGAAGAAGAGGUAAGAGAAAAAGAAACUGCAGGAGAAGAAAAAGAAGAACCCCCAAGAAAAUUCACAGUGAAGGGUUUAGCAGAAGCUUUUACAGACCUCAACAAGCUCCUUAAAAAGUUUGAAGACAUGGACCCCAAUACUGAAAGGUUUGCAGUAAUAGAGAGGAAUGUUCAUGGUGCAUUAUCUGCUUACAAGCAAAUCUAUGAUGAAAAAAAGAAACAAACCAAGCAAACUACCAUGGACAUAUUUCUGAAAAGAGUGACACCUCCUCAAGAAGAGCCUCAGGCAGGUCCUUCAGGAGGUAUUUCAAAAGAAGGUAUCAUUAUCGGAGGAGAUGACAGCUCCAUGCCUGUUGUUGCCCCUGGAGACCUUCCAGUGGGACAAGAUGUCGACAUGGAAGGCAGUGAUAUUGAUGAUCCUCACCCUGUAUAGGCCUAGGCUAAAGUGUGUGUUUGUCUUAGUUUUUAACGAAAAAAUUUAAAAGGUAAAAAAAAUUUUUUUACAUAGAAAAAAGCUUACAGAGAAUAUAAAGAAAAUAUUUUUGUACAGCUGUACAGUAUGUGUUUUAAGAAAAGUGUUGUUAUAAGAGUCAGAAAGUUAAAAAAAAUUUUAAAGUUUGUAAAGUUACAAUAAGCUAAGGUUAAUUUAUUAUGGAAGAAAGAAAAAUAUUUUUUAAUAAAUCUUAUGUAGCCUAAGUGUUCAGUGUUAUAAAGUCUAUAGUAGUGUCCACUGAUGUCCUAGGCCUUCACAUUCACUCACCACUCACUCACUGACUCACCCAGAGCAACUCCCAGUCCUGCAAGUUCCAUUCAUGCAUGGUAAGUGCCCUAUACAGGUGUACCGUUUUUUUCUUUUAUACUGUAUUUUUACUGUACUUUUUAUAUGUUUAGAUAUGUUGAGAUACACAAAUACUUACUAUUGUGUUACAGUCGCCUAUAGUAUUCAGUACACUAACCUACAGGUUUGUAGCCCAGGAGCAAUAGGCUAUAUCCUAUAGCCUAGGUAUGUAGUGGGCUAUACCAUCCAGGUUUGUGUAAGGGCACUCCGUGAUGUUCGCACAACGACGAAAUCACCUAAUGAUGCGUUUUUCAGAACAUAUCCCCAUUGUUAAGCGACGGACGAAUGACUAUAAUUGUUUUGGACUUAAUAGUACUUCUUAUUCUAAUCAUUCUCCACUUUUUGUUGUUGUUCAUUUUAAUAAAUCCAAAUGCCAGUUUUUAAAUUUACAGUGAGAAAUACACCUGAGGCUGAAAAACUCACCCCCUAUGCAGAUCUACUUGGAAAACCUAACAGUAUUAACUGAGGACAAGGUGCAUCUAUUAGAUGAAUUACAGUUCAGGGUGACCUCAGGCCUUGCCUGCAGGAGAGUGUGAAAUGAAUGACUGUAUCCAUUCCCAAACUGAGGUGUUCUUACCAGUUCCACCAGAAACUGGGGGAACAGGCUAAGUGUACCCCGCUUGAGCCCUGCCCAGGAGUAGCUCUGUAUCCUUAAGACAGGAGUUCCUGCGUACGAGGAUCCAGGGACGGCUUCAGAACUUUGGUGAAUCUUUUUAAGAACAGAUGAGAACCUUUACACGGACUCUGUUUUUCCAGCUCAUCAAGGAAUCCAAAGCCCCCAGUGAAUUAGGAGAAAUAAAAAAUGCUAUAAGAUGCAAUGAGACUUUGUACAUCUCUGCUUUGAUACUUUUCCUCAAAAUUAACUUUUAUUUUUGGCAUUGCAUAUCCAAAAAAGGCCAUCACUGCUGAGUCUCAGAGUAUGUAUAUCUUUGAUUUUUACUAGAUUAAUGCCAAACUUUUCCAAAGAGGUUGUACCACCACUUGACUUUUAGCGGGUCUAAUGGUUGCCUAGUGGUAUCGCAUUGUGGUUUUAGUGUUUUCCUGAUUACUGUUGGGAUUGAACACCUUUUUAUCUUUAUUGGUGGUUCAUUUUUCUCUUUUGGAAGUGCCUGUUUGAAGCUUUUUUUGUUUUUGUUUUUUUACCCACAUAUUGUAUAUACAGCUUUUAAAAUAGCUUAAGAAAUGGAACUAGAACAAAGCAAUCUCUGUCUUUUUUUUUUAAUAGUGAAUCUUUUUUCCUACUGAUUUUUCCAUUUGGUUUUCUGCCUUGUCCUGUUGUUUUAGGCAUUCUUUAUAAGUUUUAAAUAUGAGUCUGCCAUUAGGUUUGCUUUGUAUCUUCUACUCAGAGGCUUGGCUUUUCUCUUUUUGGUUUGUGUGCAGAGGUUCUUAAUACAAUUUAAUUUAUCACUUUGUUGAAGAAAAUGCUAUAUAGUAAAAAUACGUUUCUGUAUUCCAAAAGUUUUACUGUUUUGGGCCGGCCCCGUGGAGUAGCAGUUAAGUGCGCGUGCUCCGCUGCUGGCAGUCUGGGUUCGGAUCCUGGGCGUGCACCGAUGCACCACUUGUCAGGCCAUGCUGUGGCAGUGUCCCAUAGGCACGGAUGUUAGUCCAGGGCCACUCUUCCUCAGCAAAGAAAGAGGAGGAUUGGCAUGAAUGUUAACUCAGGGCUGAUCUUCCUCACAAAAAAGUAAAUAAAAGUUUUACUGUUUGGCCUUUCACAUUUAGGUCUGUAAUCCACAUGAAUUGACUUUUGUCUGUUGUUUGAGAAUGGGGGUCUUUAAGGCCUCUCAUAAAAUUUUAUAAUGUUCCCUGUAGUGGUUUUGCAAGUCUUUUGUUAGAUUUGUUCCUAGGUAUAUAGUAUUUUAAGAUGCCAUUAAAAAUAGUAUUUUAGGGGCCGGCCUGAUGGCGCAAGCGGUUAAGUGCGCGCGCGCUCCGCUGUGGCAGCCGGGGGUUCGCAGGUUCGGACCCCAGGCCUGCACCGACGCGCUACUUGGCAAGCCAUGCUGUGGCGGCGUCCCAUAUAAAGUGGAGGAAGAUGGGCAUGGAUGUUAGCCCAGGGCCGGUCUUCCUCAGCACAAAAAAAGAGGAGGCUUGGCAGAUGUUAGCAGAGGGCUGAUCUUCAUCACAAAAAAAAAAAAGUAUUUUAAAGUUUCAUUUUCUUUUUUGUUUUUAUUAUUUGCCAAUAUAAAGAAAUACAAUUGAUUUUAUCUGUUGAUUUUUCUUUUUUUAAUCUAGCAAUUCUUAAUCCGUGUAUCUUUUGGAUUUCUGUGUACAAGGAACAAGUUUUGGUUCUUUUCUAUUUCAUUUUUUUCUUGCCUUAAUGCACUUGCUAAAAAAUUCAGCACUAGCUGAAUAAAAAUGGUGACAGUCACAAAUACUCUUGUCUCAUUCCAGAUCUGAAAGAAUCCUUUCAAAGUGUCACCAAUAAAUAAGACCUCUGCCAUAGGGGGGUUUUUUUCGUUUGUUUAUACCCUUUAUCAAAUUGAAGAAAUUCCUCUCUAUCUCCUGUUUGGCUACAAGUUUCAUUGUGAAUCAAUGCUGAAUUUUAACAAUUCCAUCUAAUGAUAACUUUUCCCCUUUCAUAUGUUGAAGUGGAGAAUUACAUUGGUUUUUAGUCUUAAACCAAUUAAACAUUGUAGUUGUGACAGCUGUUUAUGUAUUGCUAGAUUCAGUUUGCUAAUAUAUAUGAUUUUUGCAUGUAUUUUUAUGAGUAGGAUUGGUUGAUCUGUAAUUUUUCUUUUGUACACGUUCCUUAUAGGGUUUUGGUAUCAGAGUAUUGGUAUCUUUGUAAAUAAGUUGGGUACCCUUUUUUUCUAUUCUCCAGAAGAUUUUGUAAGAUUGGAAUUAUUUCUUCCUUGAAUAUUUGGUAGAACUCUACAGUGAAGGUACCUAACCUAGAGUUUUAAUGAGUUUUGGUAAUUACAAUUUUUAGGAAUUUGUAGAUUUCACCUAAAAUUUUCACUUUUAUUGGCAUAGAUUUGUUCGUAAUGCUUUAUGUUCUGUGGAAUCUGUAGUGAUGUUUCCUUUUUCAUUUCUGACAUUGGUUAUUUGUGUUCUCUAUCUUUUUAAAUUAGUAUCACCAAAGCUUUAUGAGAUCUUUCAAAGAACCAGCUUUUAGCUUUGUGGAUCCUUUCUCUUCUCAGUUUGUUUUCAUUUAUUGAUUAUUUCUUUCUUUAUUUAUUUUGCUCUUUGUCUGACUUACUGAUUUUUAUCAUUUCUAAUAAAUGCAUUUAGGAUUAUAUUUUCUUUAGCUAUAUCGUAUAGGUUUGUUAUUGGUAUUUUACAUUCAAUUCAACACAUUUAUCAAAUUUGUAUUUCUUAACUUCCAAACCUAUGUUGGCUUUCUAAUUUUUUUUUGAUACUGAUUCUUUGCAUUAUUGCAUUAUUGGUCAGAAAAUACGUUGUGUGUGUCAGUUCUUUGAUGUUUUCUGAGACUUCCUUUAAGCCUGGCCUGCACAGGGUGGCUGGCCUUCACUGGAUAACCUGCCCCACAGCUCCUGCCUGGGCUUUGAUUUCUCUGUGAGGCUUUGGAAAGUAGGCUUUAAUUUUUCAAGAAUCUUCUGUGCUUUUUUCCUCUGGAUUAUUGUAUUCCCUUCACUUUUGAUCAGAUAGGGUUUUUUGGUUUUUGGUUUUU